GCAAUCCCUUCCCCCUUCUGAAUGCCCGCGCUCUGCGCGUGCUCGCCAACGGUUUAUUGUAUCGGCUAGAAGAGGCGACGGAGCUCCACCGUUGAUAUAAAACAAAACGGCUAGCCAUCUAAACUGCAAUGGAAAGGGAAGAGCUCAGCGACUGACCAUUCGCCGCUUCCGCGAGCAACCGCCGGCCGGGAAAAGCAGUUUACCCUCGGCGUCCAGAUUUAAAAACCCGUUUAAAGAUAUAUCCAGGUAUGGCAGCGAUUCGCAAGAAGCUGGUGAUUGUAGGAGAUGGAGCGUGCGGUAAAACCUGUUUGCUUAUCGUGUUCAGUAAAGACCAGUUUCCUGAAGUCUAUGUCCCCACGGUGUUUGAGAACUAUGUCGCCGACAUUGAGGUUGACAGCAAACAGGUGGAACUUGCUCUCUGGGAUACCGCAGGACAGGAGGACUACGAUAGGCUCCGCCCUCUUUCGUACCCAGACACUGAUGUCAUUCUUAUGUGCUUCUCUGUUGACAGUCCUGACAGUUUAGAGAAUAUUCCAGAGAAGUGGACACCUGAGGUGAAGCACUUUUGUCCAAACGUUCCCAUCAUCCUCGUCGGCAACAAAAAGGACUUGCGGAAUGAUGAACACACACGCAGGGAGCUGACUAAGAUGAAGCAGGAGCCUGUUAAGGCAGAGGAAGGAAGAGACAUGGCCAAUCGAAUUGGUGCAUUUGGUUACAUGGAGUGCUCAGCCAAAACAAAAGAUGGCGUUCGGGAGGUGUUUGAAAUGGCCACUAGAGCGGCGCAUAACCCCCCCCCCCCACAUUGGCCAAAUGCUUUUGAGAAAGAGAUCCCAGAAAAAAAGCUUUGUUUUGUCUCUUUUUUCCCCUUUUGGUCUUAUUUUUAGUCAUGGAGAUGUUUAUCAGUAUUUAAGAGAACUUGGACAAAUGGGACUUUUUUGAUGCUUUAUCUGAUUUUGUGGUAUCAUUCAAGCUUGCCCAUCUGCCAAAUGCUGUUAUGUGACCCUGUGGGCUGAUUGGAAAGGUGUGAUCCUGUGAGCUGCCAAUCAAUACUUCAGCCCAUCCCUCAUGUGCUGGGCUUUUUUUCUGCAACAUGAAACAGGGCUGAACUUGAUUGUUUCUGUAUGUAUGAAUCAUUUUAAGGUUUUCUUUUAGAUCAGGGCAAGAUUGGGAUUUUAGAACAAAAGUACAAAAUAGCUGUUUUAAAGCAAAAAAGGGGCAUGGGGUGGGUGGGGGGUUGAUAUGUAUACAUACCUGUACAUAUGAACGUGUGUAUUUGUAUGUACACACAUUCAGGACUGGAAAUCGUAUUUGUAAACUAGACUUGGUAAUCUUGUGUAAUAAAAGAUGUUCUAUAAGGAG